UCAUAGAGAGUUUGAAUGAAUUUAAAACCCACGGUGAUAUAUUAGAGGAAUAUGGAAAAUGCAUCUUGCUAGAUAACUAUUGUUAACAUAUAAUUCGCAUAUAACGCCAGCAAUGUUUACUUCCUAUGCCACACAUCCGAUGCAUUUACGUUCGUGUUUUUGGCGUCAGCUAACGUACACUUGCCUAGCCAACUCGAUACAGAUUAACAUCUUGUGAUCGCUUAGAUAGUUUUUGUAUUUAUUUUUGCAGAAUGAUGGAUGGAUACAGGGGCAGGGAGACGGUAAAUCUGGAGGAACUACCGCAGCUUUACACCAUCAUCCGGGGAGAGGUGGCGACUGUCACAGCAUAUGGAGCCUUUGUGAAAAUCCCUGGUUGCAGAAAGCAAGGUCUUGUCCACAAGAGUGAGAUGUCGUCCUGUCGUGUGGAGAAUCCCUCUGAAAUCGUGGAUGUGGGUGAGAAAGUGUGGAUAAAGGUCAUUGGGAGAGAGAUACAGGACGAAAAGGUUAAGCUUUCAUUUUCAAUGAAAUCUGUCAAUCAAGGGACGGGGAAAGACCUGGAUCCAAAUAACGUCAAUCUAGAGCAGGAUGAAAGAAGGCGGCGACAGUUCAGAGACCACACCGGUCAGAGAAUAACACUAGAGGCUGUUCUUAACACCACCUGCAAGAAGUGUGGGUGCAAAGGUCACUUUGCCAAAGACUGCUUCUCUCAGCCUGGUCUGCAGUACAGCCUGGUCCCAGAUGAGGAAGAGGAGGUAAAGGAAGAGGUUCCCAACCUGACCAUCCAACAGACACACAAGAGGAAGAAGGAGAAGAAGUCAAAGAAGAAGAGGAAGAAGAAAGAGAAGAAGCAGAGCUCGUCAGACUCUGACUCGGACAGCAGCGACAGCGAUGACGAGGGACCGGCCAAGAGAGGGCGCUCUUCCAGUGGGGCAGGGAGCAGAGAGGACAAGAAGAAGAAGAAGAAGAAGAAACAGAAACACAAGAGUCACAAGAAACGGGAGUGAGAGGGAUGGGAUGUGUGUGCGCGUGUGUGCGCGUGUGAGCGCGUGUGAGCGCGUGUGUACAAGGGAGAGGCCUGCAUUGGGCUUGGAAUCAAUCUCUUUCCUGCAUGUACAAGGGUAAGUGACUCUGGCAUGCUGGAACCUGCUAUCUAUUUUGGAAGUUGUUCUGUUCACUGCUCUAACAGAUACUUUUUGAUUUUGUAAGGGACCUUGAUUUUGUAACAUGGUUAUCCUUCAGUGGCAAGGUCCCCUAUCCCUGAGUAAACAGAACCCUGAAAUCUGACUAACACCAGAAUCCCAGAACCUGACCCAAACACUGUGCUUAAACCUGACCCAGUCAGAGACCUGAAACCUGAAUCAAAUGACCCUUAAAUGUGACUUGUAUGGGAUCCUGAAAUGGAAACUUCAAAGUUGAACCAAACGUAACCAUUAACCCUAACACAGACAGAACCACAGACACAAUGAAAUGGAAUCGGCACCUUUGGAAAACCUUCAAUGAACCCUUCGUGAUUUCUUUUUUGUUGUUGUAAUGUACAUUAAAGGUGUGUUUAAAAACAA